AUGAUGUCAGCGGCACCAAACGCAUCAUCCGAUCCUGAAAGAGUGCAAAACGAGGACGAGGACGAGGACGAGGACGAGGACGAGGACGAGGACGAGGACGAGGACGAGGACGAGGACGAGGACGAGGACGAGGACGAGGACGAGGACGAGGACGAGGACGAGGACGAGGACGAGGACGAGGACGAGGACGAGGACGAGGACGAGGACGAGGACGAGGACGAGGACGAGGACGAGGACUAG